AAAGCGAUUCAGUUCCAAACUAGCCUUCUUCCAGCAUGGAUUGAAAACGGAACGGAACACAAAACCCACCCCAAAAAACCGUGUGCGGGUGCACAGUAUAGCAUUACAGAAAAAUCAAUUCCAACGGUAAACCAGCACUGGCAGCAUUCGACACCUAGUAGACUAGCGUAUUUCACCCUGCCCACGACGGCACACGUGUACCGCCGAGUGUGUGUGUGUCUGUGCGUGUGUGUGUGUCCGUGUACGCGUGCAUGUGUUAACAUCACACCUCCAACAACAACAACACAAUUGGCCACUUAGAACAGUGCUUUAAAUCAAGGCACUUUUUCCACAUCGGCCAAAAAGUUGGCCAAAUUUUCAUCUCCUCUAUCUAAACCCGAUUGCAAGGCCUAGGGCCUCUCUCCGUCAUGUCGUCCGUGAAAGUGGCGGUCCGAGUGCGACCCUUCAACUCCCGGGAAAUUGCCCGGGAGUCAAAAUGUAUCAUCGAAAUGGCCGGUAACACGACCUGCAUCACAAACCCGAAAGUUCCGCCCGGUUCGAGCGAAUCGGUCAAACGCUUCAACUACGAUUACUCCUACUGGUCACACGACCCGCGCGAUCUGGAAUUCUCGACACAAGCCAUGGUAUACUCCGACAUAGGAGAGGAAAUGUUGCAACACUCAUUCGACGGAUACAACGUUUGCAUCUUCGCCUACGGACAAACGGGCGCCGGCAAAUCGUACACCAUGAUGGGCAAACAGGAAGAAGGCCAGGAGGGCGUGAUACCGAUGAUCUGCAAGGAUCUGUUCCGUCGAAUACAGGAAACCGAGAGCGACGAUCUGAAGUACUCGGUCGAGGUGUCGUACAUGGAGAUUUACUGUGAGCGUGUGCGCGAUCUGCUAAAUCCGAAGAACAAGGGCAAUCUGAAGGUGCGCGAACACCCGCUGCUCGGCCCGUACGUGGAGGAUCUGUCCAAGCUGGCCGUCACCUCCUACCAGGACAUUCACGACUUGAUCGACGAAGGCAACAAAGCACGUACUGUGGCCGCAACCAACAUGAACGAAACGAGCUCAAGAUCACACGCUGUGUUUACGAUUUUCUUCACCCAAAAGCGCCAGGACCGCAUGACCAGCCUGGAAACAGAGAAGGUUUCGAAAAUUAGUCUGGUAGAUUUGGCCGGUUCCGAGCGCGCUGAUUCGACAGGCGCCAAGGGUACCCGACUGAAGGAGGGAGCCAACAUCAACAAGAGUCUCACCACUCUGGGCAAGGUUAUAUCGGCUCUGGCAGAAAUUGCAUCUAAGAAUAAAAAAUCAAAGAAAGCUGACUUCAUUCCAUACCGCGAUUCCGUACUGACAUGGUUGUUAAGAGAGAACCUUGGCGGUAACUCAAAAACGGCCAUGAUCGCUGCGAUAUCGCCGGCCGAUAUCAACUACGACGAAACACUCAGCACACUGAGAUAUGCCGAUCGUGCGAAGCAGAUUGUCUGCAAAGCUGUCGUCAACGAGGACGCGAACGCGAAACUUAUUCGCGAACUCAAGGAAGAGAUACAGAAACUGCGUGAGCUACUCAAAGCCGAGGGUAUUGAGGUGCAAGAAGAGGACGAAUGUCUCAUCAAAUCGGACAAAAUCGAGUCAGUUGGUGGUGUGGUCAUCACCGAGGAAGGUGAAGAUGGCGAAAAGAAGAUACACUCGCCGAACCGUAAUCGUAAACGUACCGGUUCGAGUACGGAAAUGGCGGUCGAUCAGCUGCAGGCAAGUGAAAAACUGAUUGCCGAACUGAAUGAAACGUGGGAGGAAAAGUUAAAGCGAACGGAACAAAUCCGUGUGCAACGGGAAGCCGUUUUCGCGGAGAUGGGCGUGGCAGUGAAAGAGGAUGGCAUCACGGUUGGUGUUUUCUCACCGAAGAAAUCGCCUCAUCUGGUGAAUCUCAACGAAGACCCCACGCUGUCCGAAUGCUUGCUAUACUACAUUAAAGACGGACUGACCCGUCUCGGUACAUCGGAAGCCAACGUACCGCAGGAUAUUCAGCUGUCCGGUUCACACAUCCUAAAGGAGCACUGCGUGUUCGAGAAUAAGGAUGGCGUAGUCACGCUGGUGCCGCACAAAGACGCGCUGGUAUACGUGAACGGGAGGAAGGUGAUCGAACCGGAGGUACUGCAAACCGGUUCGCGCGUCAUCCUGGGACGCAAUCACGUAUUCCGGUUCACGCAUCCCGAGCAGGCGCGUGAGAAGCGUGAGAAAAACAAGGAAGUUGAUGUGUGCGAAACGCCUGGCAAUAGUGGCGAGAUUGCGGAUUGGAACUUUGCGCAGUGCGAGUUGCUUGAGAAGCAGGGCAUUGAUUUGAAGGCAGAAAUGGAAAAGCGUCUACUAGCUCUGGAGGAGCAAUACAAGCGCGAAAAGCGGGCGGCCGAUCAAGAAUUUGAAGAACAACGCAAGACCUACGAGGCAAGAAUUGAUGCGCUGCAGAAGCAAGUGGAAGAACAGUCGAUGACCAUGUCGAUGUACAGCAGCUACAGUCCUGAAGACUUCCACCAGGAAGAGGACAUCUUUGUCAAUCCACUGUUUGAGUCGUGUUGGACAGCACGAGAAGCAGGUCUCGCUGCCUGGGCCUUCCGCAAAUGGCGUUACCAUCAGUUCACAUCGCUUCGUGACGAUCUGUGGGGCAAUGCAAUCUUCCUGAAGGAAGCUAAUGCGAUUUCAGUCGAAUUGAAGAAAAAGGUUCAAUUCCAAUUCACACUGCUGACCGACACUCUGUAUUCUCCGUUACCGCCGGAGUUAACUCCCGCACCGGCAGUCGGUGCACUGACAAACGGCGGCCAGGAAGAUGAAUUCGGCCAGAAUCCGAUACCCCGAACUACUGUGGCGGUUGAAGUGACCGAUACGAAGAACGGCGCUACCCACUACUGGAGUUUGGAGAAGUUGCGGUAUCGGUUGGAGCUGAUGCGACAAAUCUAUAACACCUCCGACACAUCUCCCGAGCUGAUGAGCUUCGUGCUCGAGCUGUCUAGUGGCGAGCACUCUCCCGAAUAUCCUGGCACACAGUACCAAGCGUACGCUCGGGUGGACCACCAGACUGCCGAACAACCUGCCGCAGCACAGCUGCUGACGGGGCUAGCAUCAAACUGUGAUGUUAGCAAAUGUCUGACCUCACCAACAACAUCGGUGUCAUCCACCGCAUCCUCUCCCUCCGGUUCCUGUGGCACUGCAUCACCACCAUCGCCGCCAUCCGUUAUCUAUGAUGGCAGUAUCGCCGGAUCGCUCAACAGCGGCACGUUGGGCAAAGCAGGCACAAGGCUAACUCUGGCCAAUCUGAUGCCAUCUAGGCAACGUCUUGAAUUGAUGCGUGAGAUGUAUCACAAUGAAGCAGAGCUAAGCCCAACAUCACCAGACUACAAUGUGGAAAGUUUGACCGGGGGCGAUCCAUUCUACGAUCGUUUCCCAUGGUUCCGGAUGGUGGGACGAUCGUUUGUGUAUUUGAGCAACCUGCUCUAUCCGGUUCCGCUGGUCCACAAGGUGGCCAUCGUGAAUGAGCGUGGAGAUGUGCGCGGCUACCUGCGUGUUGCCGUUCAACCCGUGAUGGAUGAGGAAAAUGCUGACUUUAGCAACGGGGUGAAACAAUCCGCCCGCAUCCUAUUCGACGAGGAGCAGAACGGACAGCAUAAGGUGCCGAAGAUUCGCACCAUCCCCGAUAAGGAUGAAAAGUACAUCGAGGGAGGAAACGAAAUGGGCACCAAGCUGGAGGAAUUGGAGCAGGAAGAUGCGGACUCUGGACGUGGCGAUUCGAGCGUUGCUUCCGAGCUGCACGAAUCAAACGACCAGGAACCGGGCGAACAUUUGCAGCCGGGCAAAGAGUUUACCUUCCGCGUUACGGUACUGCAGGCUACAGGAAUUGCGGCUGAGUACGCUGAUAUAUUCUGUCAGUUUAACUUUUUGCAUCGACAUGAGGAAGCAUUCUCCACGGAACCGGUCAAGAAUUCAGGAUCUGGAGCACCGCUUGGAUUCUAUCACGUACAAAAUAUCACAGUUCCGGUAACGAAAUCUUUCAUCGAAUAUCUGAAGACCCAACCGAUCGUUUUCAAGGUGUUCGGUCACUAUCAGCAUCACCCGUUGCACAAGGAUGCCAAGCAGGACUGCCAGAUCACGAGGCCCCCUCCACGGCGCAUGCUGCCGCCGAGUAUUCCCAUCAGCCAGCCGGUACGCAGUCCAAAGUUCGGUCCACUGCCGUGCCCACCGUCUUCGACGGUGCUGGCCAAGCACGACGUACUCGUAUGGUUCGAAAUCUGUGAGCUGGCUCCUAACGGCGAAUACGUACCGGCGGUCGUCGAUCACAGUGACGAUCUACCCUGCCGGGGAUUGUUCCUGCUUCACCAGGGCAUUCAGCGACGCAUUCGUAUCACUAUCGUGCACGAACCGACACCCGAAGUAAAGUGGAAGGACAUUCGCGAGCUGGUAGUCGGACGCAUUCGCAACCAGCCGGAACCGGCCGACGAUGAGGAUUCGGACUCGUGCGUCUUGUCGUUGGGCUUGUUCCCGGGCGAGGUGUUGGAGGUGCCCGGAGAUGAUCGGUCGUUCUUCCGUUUCGAAGCUGCCUGGGACUCGAGUCUGCACAAUUCGGCUUUGCUCAACCGUGUCACACAAACGGGCGAACAGAUCUACAUUACGCUGAGUGCUUAUCUUGAGCUUGAUAAUUGCGCUCGUCCAGCCAUCAUCACGAAGGAUCUCAGCAUGAUCAUUUACGGCCGUGACGCCCGCACUGGACCACGUUCGCUGAAACAUUUGUUCUCCGGCCAGUACCGCAAUCCGGAAGCGAAUCGCCUGUCGGGCGUGUAUGAACUAUCACUGAGAAGAGCUUCUGAAGCAGGUAGUCCAGGUGUCCAACGUCGUCAGCGUCGUGUGCUGGAUACGAGCUCUACCUAUGUGCGCGGUGAGGAGAAUCUGCACGGCUGGCGCCCUCGCGGAGACUCACUCAUCUUCGAUCACCAGUGGGAGCUGGAGAAGCUUACACGCUUGGAAGAGGUUGGGCGCGUUAGACAUCUGCUGCUACUGCGCGAACGACUCGGCAUGGACACAACACCGAAUCCGACCACCAAAACCGAAAAGGACGUGUGCAAUUUGGCUCAGCGCGCUAGUGCAUCACCGGUACACAUGGUUAUUCCACCGUCACCGCAAACACCGGUCAAAGAUCAGCAGGCACCGGCAAUGCCGGAGCGUGAGCUGUCUGUCCGCGAAACCGAGCUGGUGUGGAAGUGUGUGAAGCUUAUUCAGGGUCGUAUCGGCUGCAAGGAGCUGGGCGCCGAGGGUAACGGUUCCGGAACGCAAGCGUCCGACGCUUCGCCGGGCGAUGAGGGCUGUGCCGAUAUGAACGCGAGCUACAUUUCGAGCAACUCGAUCGAGCUGUGCUCACCGGAACGUGUGGAUAUGCCGAACGGUUGGGAGGCACCGGCACCGGCCCCACAAACGCAGGACCUGUCGCUCCGGCUGUACGUACCGGAGCUGGAGGAGAUUCGCGUCAGUCCGGUGGUAGCCCGCAAGGGCUAUCUGAACGUGCUCGAGCAUGGUGGUUCCGGCUGGAAGAAACGAUGGGUCACCGUGCGACGUCCGUACGUAUUUAUCUUCCGCUCAGACAAGGAUCCGGUAGAGCGCGCCGUCUUGAACCUUGCCACAGCGCAGGUAGAAUGCAGCGAAGAUCAAGCGGCAAUGGUGAAGGUUCCGAACACAUUUAGUGUUGUCACCAAACAUCGAGGAUAUUUGCUGCAAACACUCGGUGACAAGGAAGUGCAUGACUGGUUGUAUGCAAUCAAUCCCCUGCUGGCCGGGCAAAUUAGGUCUCGAUUGGCCAGGAAAAACAUUUCCAGCAUAAGCAGCACUGGAAGUGGUGCAGGCGAUCAGCAACAGGCGACGACGGGAGCGUCCGCACUGGCUGUAGCGGCCGCCCAGGGCAACGGAGCUGGCAGCAGCUCCGGAGGCAAAUGAGAUACAAUAACGAUGGAGUCCGUGCUGGUAUACUAAACUACUAGCGCAACGGCUACUCCUAUACUGUCGAUGAAUGUAGAGCGACCAUAAACCAUGACCACCAUUAUUCCUAGAAAGGAUGAUCCAAGUUGGACGUGAUGCAAUCGCCACCACCAAGAAAACCAAAAUCAAACCAAAAUAAUUAGUAGUACUCGUUGUCGUUAACUCCUCCUCCCUCCUUCCCUCUCUCCACUUAGUUGUGCUGAUAGGUUUCGGUUUCGAGUUAAGAAAUUCAACAUCACAAAUAAGGAAGAAGAAAACACGCAGCCAGACAAACUAUGUCACGGUAUGUGUCAAGAACAAGUGAAGUUAGCUAUAAGAAGCGAGAACGGUAUGAUUGUACGUCAGAUGAUGAUGAUAUUUUGGAGUGCGUGGCAGGUCAGUUGAUUAUAGUUUACUUUAGCACUUCUCAUUAGUUGAUAGUUUAAUUUGUGAACGGUUCUUUUAAGAGCCGGGGUAAUUCUACUUUAUCGAAAAAGGAUACUGCUUAACGCUACAUGUAAUAUAGCAUGUUUUGUAUAUAUAUAAAAGAAAAGGAAAACUAUUUUUAUCCCACAUAAAGCUAGAGGAUCAUUUUAUCCGCGUGUUCAGUUGCCUGUUUUGGAGCAAAGUUUAUUUAACGUUUCACAUGUGAUCGGUAUGCGUAUCACGAACGAUACGGAGGAGGUGUAUGGUUAGAUCGCACUCAGACAGGGUCUGGUGCUGUUUGCCGAUUCGUUUUUUUUAAUUCUACAGAAUUUCCUCUAGAGAGACUGCAAUAAGGCUUACAAAAUAGAAAGAUAGAAAGGGCAAUGGGGAGGAGCAGCGAAGCUGUAACGUUACGCAUUGCCCUAGCGAAAUCGCAAGAACCGACCACUUAGCUGUCGUGGUACGAAUUGUUGCUACAUUUAGAUAUCUGAUUUACUGUGCUUUUUGCAACACUUUUGUGACACUGUUGUUGGUGCUUUCUUUCUUUGCCAGUUUGGCUUGAGACGAUGAUGAUGAUGGCGAGAAGGAAACGGCAUGUGUGUGUGUGUGGGCCAAGAGCAAUCGAAAUAUAGUAGUGAAAGCGAUAUGCAAGACAGAGGAUACCUACAUAAUACAUCCGUUGGGCGAAUCCUAAAAGAAAACAUGGGAAAGAUAUUAAUCAAUAGAAUAGUUAAUGUUUAGUGCAAAAACAAGUGCGAAUAAACAAAAAAAAAUACAUGGAACAGCUUACAAGGACGAGUACGAAGUGGUACGAAAAACGCAUAAACAAGAUAGUGGUUAAUGUGGCAAAGUUAAGCAUUGUCUGGAUGCAAAUACCGCAAGCAGAACAAAAAUUGGUAUAAGUGUAUUGACGAAGCAAAAGGAUCAACACUACUAGCAAACACAUUCUGAUAACACUCACACACAGAGUAUAGUGAGGUGAGACUACUGCGCUGGCUAUGCUCUUGUUGUGACCGGAUCAGAAUCUCUAUGCCAGCCACAAUGUUUGAAUCUCUGUAAAAGAUAAUCGUGUCGUGUACAUCUCUCUUCGCGUAAACAUGCGUUGGCAUGACGGGAAGGAGGAAAUAAAACAUACAAAACGAACUACUAUUUACAAGACAAAAGUCAGGCAGCAACCGCAACAAUACACGGCGCAAGCAAGCGAAGGGAAUAAAAUUCUACACAAUAUUAUUCAACAAACCUUACCAACGGAACUACCAGUAGUAUAAAGAUAACAAAAAAUCACAAGAAAAAGAUCAGCUCAGCUCAAACAAGUUUGCAAAAUGAACAGAACAAGAAAACACACUCCCAUACAUACCUACACCCGAACGUGGAACGUAAAGUAUUAGUGCAUUGACAACUGAAUGAAUUGUUACGAUCGGACUAUUACGAUAUAUUUAAUAUUUUAUUUUGCUUUUGCGGGGAAUCUAUUGGGCAAGGCAGCGGCUGGCAAAAGACUACCGAGCAGAAUUACAAAGUAAGGAAUCGAAUACACGGCACUCAAAACGCUUCGAAAACGUGUGCAGAAAAAUGGACAAGGUACACGCACUGAAGACUGUUGAAGCUGGUGGCUUGAAGCUAUUGUGCGCAAGUGUGGUUAGUGUUUUUGCUUUCUUUUCCGCCUCUACAUCUGUGUGUUGAUGGGGUGGGGGUAAGAACUUCCUCACGUAAAUACAAAAGUGUGAAGAGUACUAUCCUGUAAUAAUUACAUCAACAAAACAGGAUCGUUGUACAGAAGUAUGUAAAUAGUGACAGCACACACACACACACACAAACUACGAUGGCGGGAAGGGAUGGAAGAAUGUGGAAGCGUUUUAAGUUGUACGCUUGAAUGGCCUUAGCUUCCUUUCUAUAUCUUUUCCAAAGGAAUGGAGCUUUUAUCAGGAUCAAAGCUGUGUUGUUCGAUUUGGCAUCAAAUUGCUUGGGUUGGCGGCGUAUAAGAUUCCUCAAAACCAUACUACUGUGUAUAUAUUUGGUAUCGGUCGAUGGAGCAUGUGGAGCCGGUGUGUCCGGUGUAUCGCACUGUCCGCACGCCAAGAGCACCCUUUAUCGAUCAUCUAUUUCAUCUCACUGACACAGAUGAGGAAGGUGAACAGGAUUUAGGCUGAUUUUGAGCAUCACAGUGCAACAACGGAUACCAAAGAAAAAGAUGUGUAGGCAAACCAAAAAAGGGUAAGGAUCAGGAUGUCUCAGGAAAGACAGUGAACUGGUUCCGUGCGGGGUUACAGGAUGACAAAGUUGGAUACGAUACGGCAACAUUUGUUAUGCAUUCAGUUUAGGAAAAUCUUUCUGGCAGGAAGAAUUUAGACAGCCAAUUGGUUUCAUUUUCUUUAUCGCUUUCUUUUCGCGCGGUUUAGAUAUGCUUGCAUUAAGUGAUGGUAUAAUGUCACUUUUAUUAUGCAAAGCACUGAAAUAACCCAUGCUUUUCUUAAAUAUACGCUUCAUUUCUCACAUUGUGUAUAUGUUUCAUUCUCUUUCUCUGAAAAACUUCUUUCUAGAAACAACUAGAAAGGUAAAAUAGACGAAGCGAUGUUUUAAAAUAUUUGUGCAAAAUUUCAAAAACCAAUGUAUUGUUGCUAUAACAAAAAAAGAUAAAACCUGGUACAACCGUGUGUGUGUAAACGUAAAAACAAAAUAGAACAAAAAUAAAUGAAUAAAUGUAACCGUUUCAGAUCCAUUCUGCUUACCGCAAACCAAAUAACACCGAUACAUAAAAAAGAAUUAAUUGUAUAGUAUAUAGUGGACAAA